AUGAGACUUUAUUUCCUUCUUUCUGUUCUACUCCUCUUUGAGACUAUAAUACCAAAAGCAAGGACUGGUGUUGUUCCGGGGCAAAAACAAUGUGUUCUUUUGAAAGGGGUGUGCAAAGACAAUGGAUGCACCUCCACAGAUGAUACCAUCGGUGUGUGUAAUCAUGAAAAAAAAUGCUGUAGGAAAUGGUGGAUAUUCGAACCCUAUGCAACGCCAGUUCCCAAAGCAAAAUCUCCUUAGAUGUGAACAAACUGUAAACUCUUUGAAUUCCAGAACCUGUGGAUACAUUUUUGAAGACUCCUGUGACAGUGGGUUUGGGUUUUGUUUAACCCAGUUAAUCUUCACUCUUGACUGGAAAUAAAUGUCCUAAUUCUAUAUGUACUGAUCCUCAGGACAUUUCUUCUUGAUGCACAUGUAGGCUUCUUAAGAACUGCAAGACUAA